AUGAGAUAUGACUGUGACAGCAUCACAUGGAUCUUCAAUAAUAACAGCAGAACAUCAACACUGUUUGAAAAUGAACAGAUUCAUAAAGAUGCAGCAGCAAAAUCAGACAGACUGAGAGUUACAUCAGACUAUUCUCUGGUUAUAGAGAAAGUCUCAGUGGAGGAUGUUGGUCAGUACACCUGCAGACAGUGUAUAAACGGACAACAAAGAUCAAACUCUGUUAAUAUUCUGUCUGUUAUUCAAAUGGUUCAACAGAAACAGAAAGAUAAAAUCAUCCUAACCUGCUCUGUGAUGGAUUAUAAUGACUGCAGACACACAGUGAAGUGGCUGAAUGAAGGUAGAGAGGAAAUGUUGUCAGACAUGAAGGAAUCGUAUCAGUCCUGCUCUGAUACUGUAACGAUUCCAACAUCUGACAGAAACUGGAAGGAAAACUCUGAAAUAUUAAAGUGUAAAGUUACAAAUAGUUACAGUAACGAAGUGCAGCUGUUUGACUUCAGGAUUCAGUUCUCUGGUGGAAAAACAGGAUGGGUUUGGUUGUUCGUUAUCCGUCCUCUGUGUUUGGCAGUGAUGAUAGGAACUGUUCUGGUGAUCAACAGAUGGACGAAAACUAAAGGAAAUAAAACAAUAGAAGAAGAAAGUAAAACUGAGGAUGAGGAAGAUCUCACACCAAAGAGAACAAAAAGACCCAGAAACAAACCAGAGUGAUCUGAAAAGAACAAAGUUCAGACGUUUGGACAGAGAGUGAAGUCAUGAUGAGGAGGAAACGCCUCCAACCACACAGAUCCUCAUAUUUCACCUCUUGCCUCUUUAACCUCUCAGUCAUUUCUGAUUGUCUGCAAGAGAGACAGAGAGGAGCAAUGAUCACUGCUGGAGAGAAACAAACUUCUUUAUUUGUAACGCUGAUGCUUUACUUAACAGCAGCAGCAGCUGGUCAAAUUCAAUACUCAGCCGUCA